AUGGGGACAGUGCAGGACUGGACUCACUGGCUCUACUUCUCCGUGUACCUCUUUGCCUUCCUCGUGGGGCUACCCCUAAACAUCAUGGCUCUGGUGAUCUUCGUGGGCAAGCUGCGGUGCCGCCCCGUGGCCAUGGAUGUGCUCUUACUCAACCUGACCAUCUCAGACCUGGUCCUGCUGCUGUUUCUGCCAUUCCGCAUGGUAGAGGCCGCCAAUGGCAUGCACUGGUCCCUGCCCUUCAUCCUCUGUCCCCUGACCAGUUUCCUCUUCUUCACCACCAUCUACCUGAGCUCCCUCUUCCUCACGACCGUGAGCAUCGAGCGCUUCCUGAGCGUGGCCUACCCGCUGUGGUACAAGACCCGGCCCAGGGUGGCCCAGGCUGGGCUAGUCAGUGGCAUUUGCUGGCUUCUGGCUGGUGCCCACUGCAGUGUGGUCUAUGUCGCUGAAUUUUCUGGGAACAUCUCCGAAAGCCAGGGUGCCAAUGGGACCUGCUACCAGGAAUUCCAGGAUAACCAGCUGGCCAUUGUGCUGCCCGUCCGGCUGGAGAUGGCCGUGGUCCUUUUUUGGGUACCCCUGAUCAUCACUUGCUAUUGCUACAGCCGCCUGGUGUGGCUCCUCAGCCAGGGACCCAGCCGGCGAAGGCGGAGAAGGGUGGUGGGACUCCUGGCAGCCACUCUGCUCAAUUUCCUUGUGUGCUUUGGGCCCUACAACGUAUCCCAAAUGGUGGGCUACAUCCAGGGAGAAAGCCCGGCCUGGAGGAGCUACGUGCUACUCCUCAGCACCUUGAACUCCUGCGUGGACACCAUGGUCUUCUAUUUCUCGUCGUCUAGGUUCCAAGCAGACUUUCAGCAGCUGCUGGGCAGGAUGACGGGGGGCUGGAGCCUGUGGAGUCAGGAGACCAGCACAGAGCUGAAGGGAAAGAGCGGAGGAGAGGAGCGGUUGCAGGACUGUCCAAGCUAG